AUGAAUAUAAGCUUUAUUGAUCAUAGCUCCCUGCUGCUUAAGAAGGCUAGACACUUUGCUACUUUUAACUCUUGGCUUGUGUUUAUUCCAUUUUAUUAAAAUUUAUGCAAGCUAAACAUUUUGAAUUCCAGUUUAAAACUAAAAUAUGAAAACUGGCAAUAGAAAUCUAAACAUCAAGUCUAUUAAAAUCGAAAUGUUACGAUAACUUCAAUUUAAAGAAAAUUUGAGCUUUAAUUGAAUUUUCUGCUAAAUAGGGAUUUGGUAGCUAUUAGUCUUUAUUAAUCCAUUCGAAAUUCUAUGCUAUUUUCAGAAAGAAUUUUUACUUUUUAGUCUGGAGUAAGAUGAAGUCCAUUGCCAUCUUGAUCUUUAUGUUAGAAAAAUCUUGCAAAAAUAAAUUUCGACCUGAGAUUUUAUUCAAAACUUUAGUAAGAGGCAUUAUUAAUCCAAUAGAAGCUCUAUGCAAAAUAUCAGGUAGAGAAUUAACUUAUAGUUUUAAUAAGUCUGAGAUAAUUAAUAGUCUUAUCAUUUUCAUUUUAGUUUUAAACUGGAAUUUUAACAUAUUUAGGUUGCCUAAAUGUUAA